AUGGGUCGGAGCCGGGGGCGGCGGGCGGCCGGGGGGAAGGAGGGCCGGGGGCGGCGGCGGGAGGAGGAGGAGGAUGGGCCGGCGGGAGCAGCCGGCGGCCGGGAGGAGGAGGCGGGGGCGGGCGGGCGAGGGGGCCCGGUGGCGGCCCUGUGGGACUUGGAGCAGUGCGACCGGCGGCGCUGCACGGGGCGGCGGCUGGCGCGCAAGGGGCUGGUGCGGACGCUGCGGCUCGGGCAGCGCUUCGGGGGCCUGGUCCUCAGCCCCGUGGCCUCCCGCUGCGUCUCGCCCGCCGACAGACCAGCUGUGGCUCAGAAUGGAGUUGCUGUGAUUGACUGUUCUUGGGCAAAGCUGGAUGAGACACCGUUCAACAAAAUGAGAGGAGGCCACCUCCGGCAGCUGCCCUACUUGGUGGCUGCUAAUCCAGUGAACUAUGGCCGCCCAUACAAGCUGUCCUGUGUGGAAGCAUUUGCUGCUGCUUUCUGUAUUGUAGGGUUCUCAGAUAUUGCUGCAACUCUCCUGAAGAAAUUUAAGUGGGGAAUGGUGUUCCUUGAUCUGAACAGUGAUCUCCUGCGGAAAUAUGCAGCCUGUAGCUGUGAAGAAGAAGUGCUGAGAGUUGAGAGAGAGUUUCUGGCCACCACCCCAGAAAAAGAAGAAAUAGACCCUUUUGACGUUGAUUCCGGGAAAGAGUUCUGUUAUCUCAACAGGCCUGCCAGAGGGUAAGGGACUGCAGUGGUUCGUUUUCACUUUCAAGGAAGUUUCUUGGCUUUUUAAAAUGCUGAUUUCUGUUGGUUUGUAGAGUGAUUACUGAUGAAGAUGCAGCUGAAUCAUCAAGCAGCAGCUCCGAAGAACAGGACUGACGCACGUGGAAGGGGCCCAACAAGGCCAGGAUUACAAGCCUCAGCAGGUCUUCUGGUCCAAGGUGGGGCUGGCAGGCUGCUCUCCCCGCACAGGUGUGGGCCAGCGGAUUCUACGCAGGAAGCACUGAUGCUGGCGUAUUUUCUUUGCAGCUACAGAUGGGGCUCUUGUUUCUGUCUUCCCUACUUGACUUACUGUUGAGUGCUGCCUGGUUGUGUUUAUGUUCCCAUUUCAGUUAUCAAUAUGAUUGCUAAGGGGUUGAAAAUGAAUAGGAUAUGGGAGCCUUCAUUUUGUUAUUAGAAUUAGUUCAAUUUACACCUCAUUUCUGGAAUGGGGGGGGAAUGAUUCUGAGCAUCAAGCAACAUUAUUGGCUCAGGAGUUGGAAUAUGGGGGAGGGGUGUGAAGGAACACCCUUUCCAAUCAUACCCACCCAGCCUGACAUGUAAGCAGUCACUCCAGGGCUGUGGUCGUGCUCCUGCAUGGCAUGGGAACAGCAGCAGAUUAGUAGCGCAAUCACACUUGGGAACUGACUGCUGCACUCAGGACCCUGUUAUGAACAAGCCUAUAGAUCUGUCAGGUCCUAUCUUUAGCUGUUUGAAUGGAAAAUUAAAUGUUUAUUUCACUAAGCAGUACAAACUGAAAUUUAUAAUCAUCAUUUUGAAGUGGAGAAGUGGGGGCAGCUGCAAGGGUGGAGGGUCACGUUCCGCUACAUCUUUUUCCAAUACCACUGCAUGUGUCAGUUUUUCCAGGGGAAAACAAAAAGCAUUUGGGCAUCUCUAACAUCCUCCUGCUGUUUAAGGGAUGCCAAAUUAAGACUAGAAACUACUAUUUCCCAUCCAACAAAAUGCUGUUUGGCCUAGUAAGUUCCCCAGUGCCUCAAGACAGGCUUUUCCCCUCUUGCUGUUUUACACAAGCUCAUCGCUGUGGCCACAGCCUAACCUGACAAAGUGAACCAGAGAAUCAGCAGAAGGGAGACGAGGAAGCUUUAUAGAAACAGUUUAUUUACUCUAAACAGCAACACAGACAAAACGCCAGAACACAAAGGAAGUGACGCAGAAUCAAGAUGCUGGCUGACUUUGGAUCUGAGGCUUUUAAGCAACAACCACCUAAAUCUUUAUUGGUAGAAAACAAAUUAAGGGAAGGAACAGGGUGGAGAGCUUUUUUCAUACAGCCAGGUAGAGGCAAAAUAUACUUCUAAACAGUUUAAAGCAUGCCUGCAUCAGAGAGCAAAGAAACUAGGAGAUACUAGUGAAUUUAUAGAAGUAUAAAAGUUUAUAGUUUUACAGCAGUUGAAAUACUGACAUCAAUAUUAAAAUAAAAGCAAGUUUUACAUAACAAUCAAAAAUACAAAAGACUGAAGGAAGAGACCCUGUAUGAAAAAACUGGGGGCAAUUCAGCAAAUUUAGAACUGUAUACAAGUGGCGAAUAUGGAAAAAUGGCACACAUACAACCCCCUCCCCUAAGUGACUAUUAAUUGUACAUAGCGACAUUAGAUUUGCAAAAGUUUUGUAAACAAGUUCUUGCCAAAUUAAUCCCUUCCUUUAAGAUGCUGAAUGACAGGAGCUUAUGAUGGUGCAAAUUUCUUGGCUUGUGCUCGAACCCUCUUUUCAUAUUCCACUCUGUUUUGGC